UUGCAUUGAAAAUGAGUGAUAGUGCAGAUGAUCUUUCGAGAUCGGACGAGCUGUCUUUUAACAACAAAAGUGCCAACGAUUUCGAGAGCCCCAACUUUACGGAUACUUACAAUGCCUGGCAUGAGAUGCUUGAAGCAGAGAGCCGUGGAGUUGCCGGGAGGGUGGCCGACUUGGAACGCAAGGUGCUGGAACAGGGGGACGAACUGGUGUGCCUCAAAGCAACCCUAGCAGAAGCCUUGCGUCGUCUCAACGUCCUGGAGGGUAUGAGGCUGUCCAACAAUAUACCCUCCAGCCCUAGUACACCCAUACGAAUCAACGGUACUGCCAAAGACUCAUUAAGGCAACGACCAAUCAGCUAUUCCUCCUCUAAAAUGGACUCCCAGAGGAGGAUAUUCACUGGGUCUUCUCUACCGCAAAGGAGAGCUGUUCAUUAUCAGUCUACGGGAAGUCUGCAUAGCGAUAGUCAGAGUUCAAGCAGCGUUAGCCCGAUUCCGUCCCCCUCGCCAAGGGCGACUCCUUUGCCCUUGAAUGGGAAGAAACAGCCCACAAGUAACUCGCCCUGUCCAGUGGUUAAUAACUCUCUGCAUAAAAGGUGGAGUUCCACGGGGGAUUUCAACCAAAGUAGUAUGGUGACGCAGAGUGGCAUGCAAUCCAAGUUUUCAACAAAAUCAUUUUUAAAUUUGUACACUAAGGCAAACAAUUUUCCAACACCGAAUUUUAAGCAUGGGACAAAAGACGCCACCUACAAUGAAGAAGAUAAAACCAUCAAGAUAUUCCUCAAGGGUCGCCCGAUCAUCUUGUAUGCCCCCACGGAGUUAUCCGAAAACUAUGAGAUCACCAAAGUUAGUACGGCUCCCUCAAGAAAACUGAAACUGGACUGGGUUUACGGGUACAGGGGGAGAGACUGCCGAUCAAAUUUAUAUUUCCUGCCUACAGGAGAGAUGGUAUACUUUGUUGCUGCCGUUGUAGUUUUAUACAACGUUGAAGAGCAAAACCAGAGGCACUACGUAGAACACACUGAUGAUGUUAAAAGUCUCGCAAUACAUCCCAACAAAAUGUUAGUGGCCACAGGCCAAUGUGCAGGCCACGAUAGGAGAGACGCAAGGCCCCAUAUAAGAGUAUGGAAUUCUGUUUCUCUUCAUACUCAGGCCGUCAUUGGGAUGAACGACUUCGAUCUGGCCGUCUGUUGUCUCUCAUUCAGUAAAGCAGACGGGGGGUCUCUUUUAUUAGCCAUAGAUGAAGCGACUGAUCAUAAUAUUUCCGUAUGGGACUGGCAGAAAGGGGAAAAUGGGUAUAAAAUAACUGAAACUAAAUGUUCAGUGGAUACAAUAGUAGCAGCCGAGUUCCAUCCACUAGACAGAAACACCAUCGUCACUUGCGGGAAGAGUCAUAUCGCUUUCUGGUCUUUGGACGUGGGAGGGACUUUGUACAAGAGAAUGGGAAUCUUUGAAACUCGAGAUAAACCGAAAUAUGUCACUUGCGUUGCGUUCCUUCAAACGGGCGAAACGAUAACUGGUGAUUCCAACGGGAACCUUGCUAUAUGGGGGCGAGGUACCAAUACCAUAUGGAAAUUCAUAAAAAAUGUUCACGAAGGACCUAUAUUCACGAUAUGCGUUCUUAAAGAUGGCAGCGUUCUGACCGGAGGUGGAAAAGACGGUAGGAUUGUGGAGUUCAGCUACAGUUUGGCGAUGACUGGUGUUGUAAGCCAGAUUGAAGGUCAUUUUGGUGGCAUACGUGUGAUAUCCGAAGGCAGAGGUUCACAACUCCUAGUUGGCACGACCCGGAAUUGUAUCUUAAACGGCACAUCUCAGCUUGGGUUUCAGCCUAUUAUUUUAGGGCACACAGAUGAACUAUGGGGCUUGGCUCCGCAUCCUAGUGUCCCCCAAUUCGUAACGGGUGGAUAUGAUAAAGUAUUACAGCUAUGGGAUUCAAUGUCGCACAGCAUUCUUUGGAGUAAAGAUAUCGGGGAACAAGCACAAAGUGUGGCCUUUUCAACAGACGGAACCUGCAUACUAGUCGGUUGCACAAACGGAAGGUGGAUGAUUUUCGAUUCACAAACGAGAGAUCUCCUAGGACAACAUGUGGACGGUAAUGAACCCAUCCAGGUGAUCCAGUUCUCUCCCGACGGUGCAAUGGUUGCAUUGGGUUCACGCGAUAACCAGCUUUAUAUCUAUCAGGUGUCUGAAGACGGAUCGAAGUAUAGCAGAGUCGGCAGAUGCACCGGUCAUUCUAGUUACGUAACUCACAUUGAUUGGGCUAAUGAUAGCCAAACGAUCAGAAGCAAUUCUGGAGAUUACGAAUUACUAUACUGGAAUGCUGGUACUUGUCGACAAAUACCUCAAAGCAGCAUAAUGAGGGACGUGGAAUGGGCAAAUAAUACCUGCACGUUGACGUUUACAACAGUCGGAAUUUGGCCCGAGAAUGCUGACGGCACGGAUGUUAAUACUUGUGAUCGCAGCCACGAUACGCAGCUAAUGGCAACUGGCGAUGAUUUUGGGAAAGUGAAAUUGUUCUCUUACCCUGUCAUCCAGACUAAGUCUCUGUGCCACACCUAUGGAGGUCAUAGCAGCCACGUGACAGCCGUCAGCUUCUUACAUGACGACACUAGGUUAGUCUCGGUUGGAGGUAAAGACACUGCCGUCCUUCAGUGGACAGUCUUUUAAGACCCCAUCCGCUAUCGCAUUACGUCGUUAACCAACUGUUUGCCUUAAAAUCAACACUCCUAUUUAUUGUUUCCACAUGUUAUAGAUAUUAAAUAUAACAUUGAUAGAAAUCUGCCCUAUUUAUGUGUACGUACAGCGUCGUCUAUUGCAUUUUGCCUGAAGAACUAUCUCGGUUAUCGGUUUUUUAAGGUGAAUGGUGAAUACAAAAAUUAUAGGUACAUUCUGAAUUUUUUAUUGUUUUCAAAAAUCUUGAGCAUAAGUUUCAAAAAAUCAUAAGAUUACAGCGAAUUUUAAUGGAUCUCUCUUACAAUAAAGAAAAUAUGACCAAGAGUGUUGUAAACAUGUGUUAGAAAGAAAUUGCGUCUCGUCACACUCAUACUCUUGUGCAUAUAUCGCGUAUUAUCCUAUUAAAGCAUUUUAACAAAAUAUUUAUGGUGUUCGAUUUAAGAAAAUCAUAAAUAACGUUUUUGUUUUUAUUUUUUUGAAAACAUUAAAUUUAAAAAUAUCUACAUCUGUAUUUACCAUUUUUUUAUCUUAAAAGUUUAUAACCGAGAUAACAAACCCCGAAGUUUAAAUAUGAUAGAUAACCUGUACUUUAAUGUGCUAUGUGUCUAGAAUGAAAACAGUUUAAAGUGGCCUUGUAUGUAACUAAUACACCGACACAUAGAGUUUUAGAAGAAUCUACUAUUUAGUUUCUCUUUGUAACUUUUUUGAUACAUGUUUUUAAAUGAUAUUUGAUAUUUACCUUUAAUUCACAAAAGUACAAAGAUAUUCACAUUGGCACUAUUUCUAUGUCGAUUUUGAAAAUUUAUGAAAUGUAAUUGUUAGUAUAUUUGUGCCACAUAUAUUUACUUAUAUUUCUUGUACGUGUUUUAUUUAAUUAAGAAAGUAAUUAAUUUCAUAAGUAAUUUUUUUUUAUGUUGAUUUUUUUACACCGUGAUUUUUGGAAUUACAAAAAUAUUCUUACUUCUGUGUAUAUGUGUGAUAAUAUAAGUAUGAUAUAAUU